GUCGCGUUGGCAGUGUGGGCUCGGAGGUUUGGGCACUCUAGGGUUGCCGGUGGCGGGGGCGGAUGGCGCGGGGUUGGGCUGGCUUCUCUGAGGAGGAGCUGAGGAGACUAAAGCAGACUAAAGAUCUGUUUGAACCACAACGGCGUCUCCCCGUGAAGAAAAGUCGCCAACAACUUCAGCGAGAAAAAGCUCUUCAAGAGCAAAGCCAAAAACUUGGACUUCAAGAUGGAUCAACCUCAUUACCUCCAGAACAGCUACUUACCACAUCAAAACCAAGAUUUAAUUCUCAAAAGCCAAAUUCUUCUCCCAUUACUCCUCCUAGUCUUCUUACAAUCACUUCUCCUGUUGGUGAUAGGAAAGAACUGGGAAUUGAAAGUCAUCCAAGUGAACUGGGACUUGAAAAUUCCCAUGAUGUACAAAACAAAAAAAUUGAGGCUCUUCCUUCAAAACCAGAUUGCAAAUUGGAGAAAAAGAAAAUGGAAUUGCAAGAAAAAACUCGUUGGGAAGUCCUCCAAAAAGAACAACGGCUAAUGGAAGAGAAAAAUAAACGUAAGAAAGCUCUUUUGGCCAAAGCUAUUGCAGAAAGAUCUAAAAGAACUCAGGCAGAGACCAUAAAACUAAAGCGGAUCCAGAAGGAAUUGCAGACUUUAGAUGACAUGGUGUCAGCUGACAUUGGAAUCCUCAGGAACCGGAUUGAUCAGGCCAGCCUAGAUUAUUCAUAUGCUCGGAAGCGGUUUGACAGAGCUGAAGCAGAGUACAUUACAGCAAAGCUAGAUCUGCAGCGCAAGACUGAGAUUAAAGAGCAACUCACUGAACACCUUUGUACAAUCAUACAACAAAAUGAGCUCCGGAAGGCCAAGAAGUUGGAGGAAUUGAUGCAACAACUGGAUGUACAAGCUGAUGAGGAGACUUUGGAGCUUGAAGUGGAAGUGGAAAGAUUGCUUCAGGAACAAGAAGCAGAAACAGAAAAACAAAUGGCUCAUUUAGAGAGUCCGCUUCAGCCCUCUGAGGAGAAUGUGACAUUAGACUUUGAUAAAGAGAACAAAAAGCAUCCUGCCACAAAGGUAGAUGGACAGUGUGAAAAUUCCAGUGUCAGUCCCCUUCUUAGUCCAGACUACAAAAAUCAAGUUAAAACUGUAAAUGACAUUUCAGAUGCUGUGGCCACAUGAAAUGCCCAUGUUUGGUCUUUUCAGUGAUAUGGUAUAUGGUAAAGUAUACUUUUUGCUAUUGAUUAUGGCCUGACUGCUGAUUAAAAAAAAAAAAAAACCUGUUUGAAACAGUGUUAAUUUUUGAAUAUAUAAUUGUUUUAAUAUUUUAUCAUGUUUGAGCAUUCCAAAGUUCGAAAUUAUGAUAAUUUUAUAUCUUGGGGCAUGAUUUCAACUUGGUUUUGGUUCCAUUCCUUCAGUGUAUGUAUCCUUACUACUGGGUGAAAAUAAGAGACAGGGGGAUGGGAGGAAAGCUACAUAUUUAGGGUGUUUUUAGACCAGGUAAAUAAAAGUAAAGUGCAAAAUGAUACUCAAUACCUAAUCAAACUGCUUUAACUUCUCCUGGGAGAAGUGUUGAGAAUGAGGGUACUAGUUUAUGUAAUUAGUAAAAAGAUGCAAAAAUUAUCACGUGAAACAAAAACAACUAACAAAAGUAGGAGGUUGAAUUAUGUUUCUAGGGCUUACUAGAUACUUAAAACAACUUCAAAGCAGCAGUUUUUGUAAAGAACUAGACAACUUAAGCUGCCAUAACCUUUGUCUGAAAUUUGCCUUUUAAGUUUUAGUUUAUGACCUGAGUUUUGGUUAGUAGAUACAUACAUGCGCGUGCGCGCGCACACACACACACGUAAAAAUAUACUCUCUAUAUAAUUUUACUAUAUAUUGUCUUUUCUUUGAUCAGGGUAUUGAUUAAAUUUAGACAAUGAAGACAUUUCUAAAAUGAUGCUAAAAAUAAUAUAGAAAAUCUUUUUCCUGCUUUUGAUUAUACAAAAAUAUUGCUGUAUUUUCUUUCUAAAGUUAUCUGUAAGUAUAUGCUUAUAUGCUGGACAUAAAUUAUCCUGUCCAAAAGCACUUAAAUUAUUUAAUAUGCUGAUUUUCUUAUCACUUUAAUAGUUUAUUAAUUACUUACUGUUAUUACUUGACCACUACAUUGUGCUAUUUGUAAAUGUGUAAAUAAAUAUUGUAGUUUUGUCACAAAA